CACGGCGAGGAGACGCACGCGACACCGUGCUCGUGUUGGACUUUGCCCCCUGGAAAAGCCAGACAUGGUGGCUAUUGGCAAAGGCUGACGACACCUUUACAACUACUUACUACCCGGGUUUGCUGUGUAAAGCAGCAGGUAAACCCGCCAUAAACUGACCAAAGGUGAGCGGAGACUGACCUUAACGUCUGGCGAGUACCGUGAGCGAGCAAGACUUGUCUGGAAAAAGUCCUCGGUAACUUUUAACCAUAGAAAAAAGUUUGACGACGGAAAAUAAUGCGUGUUUUCUUCACUUUUCGGUAUUUAUGAUGUUGUGGUUCGACACAAAGCUGGAAAAGGCAACUAGAAGCUGGGACAGGUGGUUUGUGGCUGACAGAGACGGAACCAUGCUGGGGGUUGAGGAGGUGGUGCCUCACGCCACUCGCGGGCAAGAAGGGGUCAUAGGGGACGGCGGGGAUGACGAAAUACCGGCCGUCAGCGGGGCACAGGGAGACUCCUGGCUUCAGAGUGACACCAGCAGGGAGAACAUUUACCCCAACAAAUUACAGGAGAGAGGCCGCAGCGAAUACCGCGUCCAUUGGAAAACCAGCCGUCUGAGAAGAGCAGUUUCAGAAGAGCACAGGUCAACUGCGACAAAACGGCUCGCAGUGGCUGGUAUGAAGGGCUGUUCUAACGUCACUAAACACAGUAACAGUACAAACGGGGUCGUGAGAGAGACUACCACCGCCCGGGACGAGGCACGGUCCGCAACGAAAGUCGCACAACUAGGCAACGAAGUCGGGUCGAUCGGAAAAGACAAGUCUGUCCAAGAGGUCUUCAGUACCACAAACGUGCGAGGGGAAGGGAACGAAGACAACGAAGUCAGAAAACUGUUAAACGGCCAUCUACGCUCUGAUUCGAAGUCAGAACCAAACGGCAAAAUCCACCCAGACAAAAGUAGAGGCCAGCUGAAGCAUCACCAGUGCGCUGACGUAUCUACUGAGCAGGGACUAACGGCUAAACGAAAAGCGACUCCUCCAGCAAACGAAAGCUUCGACCACUGUAGCCCUCCAAAGAAGCGGUACACCUCAAACUUAGCUCGAGGUCAUAUAGUUUCGGUUGUGCCACAAGAAUCUGUACAGUCAGGACAACAUAAGGCGUCCCCUUCCCUCACUGAAACCGGUCAAUUUUCGUCUGUACUUCAUAGUUACCAAAGAAGUCAAAACCAAACCAGCAGAACACAAGCAGUAAAUUUGUCGGUACGCGACGUCCUAAAGUCGCAAACCGGAGCCAACGCAAUGUAUACAGAAGUGAAAGCUACAGGUAUGGAACAGCAACAACCCGGAGGGUUGGUUUUCACGCCCUUCCAACCGACCAUACAGAUCGAGGUACCGGCUGUCCUGAUGUUCCCCACGCAACAGAUGCCACCAAACGGCUCCCAACAGGUGUCUGUACCACCUGUCAUUACGGUAAACUCCGGCCUCACAAACGGUGUUCCAAGUAGCGGCCCUCAGAUAAUGUUUCAGAACCUGUCACCGCAUCAGCUGCCAGUUGACGCAAGGCUAACCCAACAAGCUAAACCUCCUCCAGAAAACGUCCAACCCCAGAUCUUGUCGUUUGAAAUACCACUAAAAGGCAACCAAAUCAAUGGCAUCAACCCUCCUGGUCAGGCUACUUCGAUGGCCGCGUCCAACCAAAUGACGGCUGCAAUUGGACAACACACUAUUGCAGACGCAGAAUACAAGAUCAUGCCACAGACAGGCCAACAAUCGGAACCCAAGCAGGUGUACACAUCCAUCAGUUAUCAGGGCCACACCACUUCGACGUCUACAACCACGGAGGCCUGCACGUCUUCCGUUAGGCUAAGGCUCAACGGAGCUUCGGUAAGCCAGGAAGGACGGUAUGCUGCACCAUACAAGCAAGAUGAAUCGCCGUUGCCUGUCCAGCAGCGACCAAACUAUGAUACGGCCCCCCCGCCUAAAGAUAUGCUGGCGGGACAAUCACAUAACGUCUGUCUGGACACUGGGACACAAAUUUACUCCGCACAAGACACUGCAGCAGGACGCAAGAGCGCAGAUACACUGACACAACAGCAGCCACCAUUCAUGAUAAUACCGAACGAAGUCAACGGGAUGUUUCAGUGUCCCGAGCUUGACAUCCACAGCAUCAUGCUGGAAACACACGUCACCAAACAACAACCUGUCCAGAUGAAGCAACACCCCGCCAUGAUGCCGAACAAUGCACUGUACUCUCCUGGACAAAAUAGGCCAAAAGAAAACUCGCCCAUCAAUGGCAGAAAUGUACAAUACUUGUUGGAAAGGAAUGGUUUGAAUCAGAGUGCAGUUGGACAACUGACCACCCAAGCUUUUGGUGACCCCCGGCCUGGUCAACAUACUCCAAAGCCGUACCAAGUCCACUGGCCGAUCAUCACAAGACACCAGGACAUCCCGGGUCAAAAUGUAUAUCCUUCUCGCGAAACUCACUUUCCUCCAGGAGGGCCGUCUUAUGUCGCUCAGACUUCGUCCAAAAACAACACAUCAGACUUAUACAAGCUUCUGAACGCCCCGAGAAACCAGGACCACGACGGGGCCCAAAACCUCAGUUUCCCGAGCUGUACGCCGCCAGGGACGGGCAGUCUGACGGCGACACCCCAGUCCACUCCACGGGCAAGUCCGGAGCUCCAGUACGGUCUCCGGGAGGCGGAGACCAACGGAGGCAUACACAGGCUGCUUCUGCCCAGGACGGGGCCAAUGGAACAAGUGCGAGUUGAGAAGCUGUGUGUGGUGUGUAGGGACCAGGCUUCCGGGUUACACUACGGCGCCAUGGCAUGCGAGGGCUGCAAGGGAUUCUUCAAACGGACGGUACAGAACAGGCGACUGUACGCAUGCGUGCGCGGAGACUACAGAUGUGAGGUGAUGAUGCAGAAGAGGAACCUGUGUCAGGGCUGCCGCCUGAGACGGUGCAUGCGCAAUGGCAUGAUGAUCGCAGCUGUCCGAGAGGACCGUGUGCCUGGAGGCCGGGCCAAACGGAGACGGAGGGAGUGGAUGAAUAAGAAACUGGACGUGACAAAACAGCAACCUGUUUCUCCUGACCCGGAGACCGGCAGUGGUAUCGACAGCCAAGAGGGGACUAUGACGGGAAAGGACAGCCCUACGUCACAUCCGGUAGCCUCCAGCAGCAGGCUUGUGAAUGAACUUCUGGCGUGUGAAGAACCCGAGGUGAACUUCAAGAGCGACGGCGACGCAACUGAGCAUGCGCACAUCCUGUACGACCUGGAGGACGGGCGGUGCCACACUGCGCAUGCGAUACAAAACCUGGGAAACUAUUUGGUGGCCAGGCUUGUUAGGUGGCUGAAGCUGUUCCCCUGCCAGGACAAGUUUGAACAGCAGGACCUGUCCAGACUUCUGAGCAACAAAUGGAUGGAGCUGACUCUCAUGGACAGCAUCGUGCAACCGAGGCUGUAUCCACGGCAACGGGAUGACGUCACAGACAUGCCCCGGAUGACGCUGAUGCAGAGGAUCUACUACAACGAGCUGAGGUUACAGAAGUACCUCGCCACGGCGAAAGGGUCCACACUUAACAACAACAUACGGGACACCGGAGAAAGGAGAAGACAGACGGACGAACUUACUGACAUCUUGGAGCGUCUGCAUCACGUGACAACAUCGCUGCGAAAGUUGCACAUGAGCAGGGAAGAAUACGUCAUCUUGAAGGCCAUGGUGCUUCUCAAUCAAGACGGCCCUCUCGACACGACACCUGUGCUGUACCAGCUGCUGGACGAACUGUGCCUCACGGAAAACUGUCGUGCAGAUCCGUCCCGCCUGGGGUCGCUGCUAGUACGUCUGCCCGAACUUACAUCUGCUGCCAUAAUCGUCAAGGAGGAGGACGGCAGACUACCCUUCUUCUUGGACGCGCUUCUUUGCAGAUGAAAACUUUUUUUGCCCAAGAGAUGUGAAAUAGUUUUACUUCAUUCCAUUUUUGACUGUUAGACGUCAAACAUAGUUACAAAAUACAAACCUUUGAAUGGUGCUACUUUAAUGUACAAUAGAGUGGUUGAUACCAGGUACGUAUUCACUCUCUUUCUGGU